AUGCAAACAACUUCCUCUAGCGUAGAUGGUGGGUCCGCUAGGACAGGAAAGGCCGUAAAUGAGAGUACACCUUUGCUCAAUUCGGGUAGUGAAUAUCAAUGUGGUAUAGGCCCAUCGUAUGCUCGAACUUACGAUGGGUCGUCUCUUCGAUCCUCUAUCGCCCAGUGUAGUCCAGAUCCAGAUAGGGACAGCGAUGAAGACAACAUUCAGAGUAUAUCUAGAAUCUCGAUCCAGAAGGACAAGUGUUUGGCGCAACGUUCAUCGCAGCACAAAUGGUCGCGCACCAACAUCGGCGACGACACUGAAACUUUUCAAAGUACUGGGGACGCUCAAAUUUCUUCGAAGUUGCCGUUUCGCGUCCUGGAGAGCGUAUCUUUACGUUUGGAGAACUCAGGAAGUGUGGCGCGCGAUCACUUGGCAUCUGAGCGAACAUUCCUGGCAUAUAUGCGCACGAGCCUUGCAAUUGCAUCCUCUGGCGUAGCUUUGGUUCAGUUGUUUUCUGUUACAUCCACUUUACCUACUCAGGGGCCCCCAUAUCGACUUCAAGCUUAUAUCCGCCCUCUAGGAGCAUCAACAGUCUUUAUCGGGAUACUUGUUCUUUUCAUUGGGGUCACGAGAUAUUUUACAGUCCAGAGUGCUUUGACAAAAGGAUAUUUCCCUGUUGCCCGUAUUGCAACGAGUUUCAUUGCUAUCGUGUUAACUGCGCGACCUUGA